ACACAGUGCACACUGCGACGCCAACCACUCGAACUCCCCGACGAGAUAAAGCGCCACGUCCAGCGACGAGCCAGUGAGCCUCCGUUCUCCAGGGCGACGGCAGCAAAUCGCAGCCAUGCUCCGCGCUCCGCCUCAGGCGCCGCGGGCCUCGCGACGGCCGCCUCCGCCGCGGUGCUCCCCUGCCGCAGGCGCGUCGCCGCCGCCGUCGGCCGGCGGCAUCCGGCGGCUGGUGCUGACGCCGGAGGGCCGGGCGAAGCUGGACGCGCGGCCGGACCGCGACUUCUACGCGUUCCCGCGGCUCGUCAAGCACGUGGACGACGGCUUCCUCGCGGCGCUCGCCGACCUCUACCGCGAGCGCCUCCGCCCCGGGUGGGACGUGCUGGACCUCAUGAGCUCCUGGGUCAGCCACCUGCCGCCGGAGCGCGAGCUCCCGCUCCGCCGCGUCGUCGGCCACGGCCUCAACGCCCAGGAGCUCGCCAAGAACCCACGCCUCGACUACUUCUUCGUCAAGGACCUCAACAAGGAGCAGCGGCUCGAGCUCCAGACCUCCAGCCUCGACGCCGUCCUCUGCACCGUCAGCGUCCAGUACCUUCAGUCCCCUGAGAAAGUUUUCGCGGAGAUCUUCCGGGUGCUGAAGCCGGGGGGAGUGUGCAUCGUGAGCUUCAGCAACCGGAUGUUCUACGAGAAGGCGAUCGGGGCGUGGCGGGAGGGCACGGCCUACAGCCGCGUGCAGCUCGUGACGCAGUACUUCCAGUGCGUCGACGGGUUCACGGAGCCGGAGGUGGUGAGGAAGCUGCCCUCCGACGCCGCCGGCGGGAAGCCGGCGUCGCCGCUGGACGCCGUGAUGAGGCUGUUCGGGAUGGCGGGCUCGUCCGACCCGUUUUACGCGGUCAUCUCGUACAGAAACUUCAAGCCCAUGUGAAGUUUUUACAUGUAGGUGCCAGAGCCAACUUACUGCUAAAACUCAUGGAAAUCUUGAGAUGUACAUCUAGUAUUAUAAUUAGGGAUGUACUUCCUCCGUUUCAAAAUAUUUGACACUGUUGACUUUUUAGCA